GGAGGGAGACACGGACGCGCGAUCCGGACGGUGCGUCAGCACGAGCGCGGACUGCCCGCGCGCACUAUCCGAAUUACCUCGGCUGAUUUAAAAAAAAAACAACAACAAAAAAAACCCUACCGCUUUUUUAUUUUACCCUCCCCAACACAUCCCUUUAUUCUUGUCUUUCUCUCAGACUACCAGAACACGAAGGCGACGAUGGGAGCGUCCUGUCAAGAGACACCAGGCAUCCCGAGAGUCUGAUUCCCGUUUCUUUUUUUCUUUUCUUUUUUUUUUUUUCUCCAGCUCGCUCACAUGCUCAGCGGCGGGCGGGCGGACAGCACGGUCGCAACUUCCGAUGUGUUCUGCCUCCACCUCAGUCAGAGAUAUCCGACGGCCGCGAACGUCGCAGUAACUCGCGCCCUGUCACUGUUGUUGUUUCGGCAGCACGAUGGUGCCGUCGCUGUUAUUUAUUUUGAUGCCCACCCGGGCGCCUCUUGGUGAGAAUCUUCCCCCGUCCCCGAGGAUCUUCACCCGCUGACUUUAUCAGAUCUUUAGUCGGGUGGAUUUUUGUUUUAUUUCCCUGCUUUUUUCCCCCCUACCCCCUCGUCAGUUUGUCUUUAAGAUAGCAGGCUAUUCAUUUUCAAUUCUUAUGCAUCCGCACGAAGACGGGACCAGAGAGGAGAGAACGAGUGAUAACCAGAGGGAGGAGGAGAAGGAGGAGAAGGAGGCGAGUGAGGAGGGGAGCGAGAAUGAAUGAGACACACUGAAGAAUCAAGGAAAAAGAGAUCGGAGGAUUCGAGGGCGUAAGCUGAGGAAGGGCCGCCCGGCUCACCUGUGCCUGCUGACCGCCUCCUCUGCGCUUUAGCUCCGCCCCCUUGCCCGUCCCCCUGCUCAACCCCCAACAUGGCUCGAGCAGCCUGGGUCAUCUUCACCUGCGCUGUGGCUUUCAGCAACGUUGCUCCGUCCUCGCCAGCUCUGAGCCGGUCAAUGAUGCCCUUCGGCUUGAUGCGCCGAGAGCUGGCGUGUGAAGGCUACCCGAUCGAGCUGCGCUGCCCCGGAAGUGAUGUCAUCAUGAUUGAGACGGCCAACUACGGCCGCACCGAUGACAAGAUCUGUGACGCAGACCCCUUCCAGAUGGAGAAUGUGCAGUGCUACCUGCCCGACGCCUUCAAGAUAAUGUCCCAGAGGUGCAAUAACCGCACCCAGUGUGUGGUGGUAGCGGGGUCCGAUGUGUUCCCAGACCCCUGCCCAGGGACCUACAAGUAUCUGGAGAUCCAGUACGAGUGCGUCCCUUACAUCUUUGUGUGUCCGGGCACGCUGCUGCGGCUUCAGGCGGCCAGCUCUUUGCAAGAGGCGGAGCACCAGGCAGGCGCGUGGUGUAAGGACCCGCUGCAGUCAGGGGACCGUCUCUACGUCAUGCCCUGGACCCCCUACCGGACUGACAUGCUGUACGAGUACGCCUCCUGGGAGGACUUCAAACAGAGCCGGGCCACCACCACCUACAAGUUGCCCAACCGAGUUGACGGCACGGGGUUUGUGGUGUACGAUGGCGCGGUCUUCUACAACAAGGAACGCACGCGAAACAUCGUCAAGUAUGACCUGCGGACGCGCAUCAAGAGCGGCGAGGCCAUCAUCACAAACGCCAACUACCACGACACCUCGCCGUACCGCUGGGGGGGGAAGUCGGACAUCGACCUGGCCGUGGACGAGAACGGCCUCUGGGUGAUCUACGCCACCGAGGCAAACAAUGGACGACUGGUGGUCAGCCAGGUGAACCCUUAUACCCUUCGCUUUGAAGGCACCUGGGAGACGAGCUUUGACAAGAGGAUGGCAUCCAACGCCUUCAUGGCGUGCGGCGUGCUUUACGCGGUUCGCUCCGUCUACCAGGACGAUGACAGCGAAGCGGGCGGCGACCUAGUGAUGUACGCCUACAAUACGAACCGAGCCCGCGAGGAGCCCGUCAACAUCGCUUUCCCCAACCCCUACCAGUACAUCUCGUCCGUGGACUACAACCCUCGAGACAACCAGCUCUACGUCUGGAACAACUACAACGUGCUGCGCUACCCGCUGGAGUUUGGACCGCCGGACCCCACCGCGGGCCCUCUGACCACCACCCAAGUGACCACCACGCCUCCACCCAAGUCCUUCACCUCCAGCGCCAGCCCGUCCACCGCCCGCCCCCUGGCCCCCACCUCGCGCCCAAUUGGCUCCAUCAACAAGCACCCCGAUCUUCGCCCCAUCACGGCCACUGUCCCCGUCACCCGCCGGCCGCCUCGCCCUCCCCAAGCCCCGGAGGACCACGUCUGUGAGGCCAAGCUGGUCCGCGGUGUCCGGUGGCCCACCACGCAGCGGGGGGAGACGGUGGAUCGCCCGUGUCCCAAAGGGUCUUUAGGCAUUGCUUCGUUCCACUGCAUGGUCGAGCAGGUCAUGUGGAACCCGCGGGGUCCCGACCUGAGUAACUGCACCUCCCCGUGGGUCAACCAGGUGGCCCAGAAGAUAAAGAGCGGCGAGAACGCGGCCAACAUAGCAGGAGAGCUGGUGAACCACACGCGGGGUCGGAUCCAGGCCGGAGAUGUCAGCUCGUCGGUGCGACUGAUUGAGCAGCUGCUGGACAUACUGGAUGCCCAGCUUCAGGCCCUGAGGCCCGCCAACAAGGAGUCCGCCGCGCGAAACUACAACAAGCUGCAGAAGCGAGAGCGGACCUGUCGGGCCUACAUCCAGGCGGUGGUGCAGACGGUGGACAACUUGCUGCGUCCCGAGGCCCUGGAGUCGUGGCAGGACAUGAACAGCACAGAGCAGGCGCACACUGCCACCAUGCUACUGGACGUGCUGGAAAAGGGAGCUUUCCUGCUCGCCAACAACAUGUACGGCAAUCGGUUUUCUGACAGAGCGCCCAGCAUUGAUCUGGAGGUGCAUGUCCUAAACACAGAGAUGGACCUGCAGGACUUGUCCUUCCCACAGAAUUACGGCAGCGACAGCAGCAUCCAGCUCUCAGCUUCCACUAUCAAACAGUACAGUCGCAACGGACAAGUCAAGGUGGUGUUCAUUCUAUAUAAAAACCUGGGAUCCUUCCUGUCUACCGAGAACGCCACCGUGAAGAUGGAGGUGGACGGGCCGAGCCACGACAAGAAGCGCCUGGCGGUCAACUCGCACGUCAUCGCCGCCUCCAUCAACAAGGAGUCCAGCAGGGUGUUCCUCAUCGAGCCGGUGGUCUUCACCCUCAAACACCUGCAGCCGGAAAACUAUAACACUCCCAACUGUUCCUUCUGGAACUACUCGGAGCGCUCCAUGACGGGCCAGUGGUCGUCGCAGGGCUGCAAGCUGUUGCACACCAACAGCACACACACCACCUGCUCCUGCAGCCACCUCACCAACUUCGCCGUUCUCAUGGCUCACAGCGAGCCCGAUUACCAGGAGCGAAUGCAUGAACUGAUCCUGUUUGUGAUCACCUGGGUGGGGAUUGUCAUCUCCCUAGUGUGUCUAGCCAUCUGCAUCUCCACCUUCUGCUUCCUGCGGGGGCUGCAGACGGACCGCAACACCAUCCACAAGAACCUCUGCAUCAACCUCUUCAUCGCCGAGCUGCUCUUCCUCAUCGGCAUCGACAAGACGGAAUACCACAUUGCUUGUCCCAUCUUUGCUGGCCUUCUGCAUUUCUUCUUCUUGGCUGCCUUCUCCUGGAUGUGUCUGGAGGGUGUGCAGCUCUAUCUCAUGCUGGUGGAGGUCUUUGAGAGCGAGUACUCCCGCAAAAAGUACUACUAUCUGUGUGGUUACUGCUUCCCCGCGCUGGUGGUGGGCAUCUCGGCGGCCAUAGACUACAGAAGCUAUGGGACCAAGAAAGCAUGCUGGCUGCGAGUGGAUAACUACUUCAUCUGGAGCUUCAUUGGACCCGUUUCUUUUGUUAUUAUGCUCAACCUCAUCUUCCUCAUGAUCACUUUACACAAGAUGAUACGCAACUCUUCAGCGCUCAAACCUGACUCCAGUCGCCUGGAUAACAUCAGGUCGUGGGCUCUGGGGGCCGUCGCUCUGCUCUUCCUGCUGGGGAUGACGUGGGCUUUUGGUCUGCUGUUCAUCAACGAGAACACGGUAAUCAUGGCCUACCUCUUCACCACCUUCAACGCCUUCCAGGGCAUGUUCAUCUUCAUCUUCCACUGCGCGCUGCAGAAGAAGGUCCAUAAGGAGUACAGCAAGUGUCUGCGUCACUCCUACUGCUGCAGCCGCACCUCCACCACCAGCUCCCACGGCUCCCUGAAGAACUCGGGCCUACGCGCCAACAACCGCUACUACAGCGGCAGCCAAGCUCGCCACGCAGCCGCCCACCGACAGAGUCGGAUCCGCAGGAUGUGGAACGACACGGUUCGAAAGCAGACGGAAUCGUCUUUCAUGGCGGGAGAUAUCAAUAGCACCCCAACACUCAACCGCGCGACCAUGGGCAACCACCUUUUGACCAACCCGGUGUUACAAACUCGCACUGGCACCUCUCCUUACAACACUCUGCUGGCUGAGAGCUUCACACCCCCCUCGCCUGGUGUCUUCAACUCUACCGGAACCUUCCGUGAUCCAAAGAGCACGUUGUCAAAGGUCCGCGACCCCUGUGGGAUGGAAACCCUGCCCUUGAAUGGUAACUUCAACAACAGCUACUCUCUGCGCGGUGGCCCGGGGGGCGCGGGCGGAGGCAGCUGCGACUUCCUCGGCGGUGGGGGCGGAGACAGUCCCCCGCCCCUCCUCAAUCCCCGCGGCUCCGAGGCCCUCGGGGGCGGAGGCAUCCGACGAAACCUCUCCGACGCCGCCGCCUUCGAAAAAAUGAUCAUCUCCGAGCUGGUGCACAACAACCUGAGAGGCGGCGUUGGGGGAGGCGGCGGUGUCGGAGGCGACGUAAGCGACCGGGUGUGCGGCAGCUUGGCCAGGGGACGUCCCCACGGCGGGGUCGGCCGGGGGGCGCCGGGGGCCGGGCCGGAGCUGUCCGUGAGCACGGACGAAGACGAGGACUUUGUGAGGGAGGGGCGGCAGCGCACCCCGCAGGAUGUGGAGCUGCUCUACAAAGCGCUGGAGGAGCCACUGCUGUUGCAGCGAGCGCAGUCCGUCCUCUACCAGAGCGACCCCGAGGAGUCAGAGAGCUACACGGCCGACCUCACCGAGAGCCUCGGCCACAGCGGCACCAGCGGCCAGAGCGCCGGCGGGCAGGUGGGCGGCCGGGCGCCGGACUCCCCGGCCCGCGACUCCCUGUACACCAGCAUCACCAACCUGCGAGACUCGCCGUACCCCGACAGCAGCCCCGAGCCCCUGGAGGUGGUCCCCCGUUCGGCCCAGCCUCCCGAGGAGCUGUACUACAGCUCCGGGAGGCCCGCCCUGGGAUCUCGCGGGGCACCCAUGCAGACCUUCUACCAGGCUCCGCCCCGGAGACCGAGUGGGGAGGGACACCUGGCCCCGGAGCCCGCCCACAGCGAGGGAGACGGACAGAUGCAGCUGGUCACCAGCCUGUGACUGGAGCCCGGAGGAGGAAGUUGGAGACUAAUGUGAUGGCCAAAGCCCGCCUCGUUUCUCGUGUCUCUCCACUUUCUGCUUGUUUGGUUGCCUUUCUUUGUCUUGACUUUUAGUUCGCUAACAAAUGAGCGGAGGGACGUUCAGGGGGAGACGUGGCAGAAUCGGCCUCCGGCCUUUAUCCUGAACCCUCCCUCGUCUUAACGAGAUGAGUGAUGGGUGCUUUUCUGCGGAGCGUUUGUCGGCCGCCAAACCCGUCCUGCUCAGUUCCUUUGGUACCUUGAGACCAAGUCCAGCACUCUGAAUGUACCGAUCCACCCACUAUACCUUCAGAUAUUUCAAAACUUUAAAACUCUGACAACGUUUUUUAUGUAAUAUCUCUUCAGACCCGCUUCAUAAGGGUAAUAUCAUUUUAUAUUUAGUCCUGUUUCCCUUUCGUACCAUCCAUAGGUCUUUUUUGAUUCAUCAUUUGAUCGGAGUAGUUAGCGGUGGAGACAAGGAAUAUAGUACACUAUUAUAACCUAAAAUAUGUCUCACUGAAAGCUCUUCAUUGUUGCCAAAAAUAUCUUUUAUUGAGCCAGAACCGAAACACAGACACGCACGCACACACACACACACACACACACACACACGCUCGCUCAUCCACAAGUGCUCAUUACUCAACGUUGAAAGUGCGUCGAAACUCCAUCUAAGUAAAAGGGAACAGAAGCUUUUGUUUCAAGCAGGCGGUGGGAGCAGAUUCAGAGUAGUUGCCUUCAUUUUCUCUUGCUGUGAAUCGACGACUAUGUACAGAAGUGGAGUAGAGUUCGAGGCGAAGGCCCGAGGAGCCGCUGCGCCUCCCUUCCAGAGCAGCAGAACCUGCAUCCAUGAGACUGGCCAAUCAUCUCCGCUCUUCUCUCUGGUUGUUUGCUUCAGGCAUAUAAAAAGUGAAAUGACUGCCUUGCUAUUGUUUUGAAGAAAGUAUUCAAUUUGUCGACUUCGGGGUCUGCAUCGUCUGGGGGCUGCAAAGAGUUGGACUGGUGUUAACCCCCCCCCCCCCCCCCCAACCCCCCCGUACUGUGCUGUUAGAGCCUAGCCAGUUGAAGUGGACUUGUUUCCUGUGUGUGGUUGUGACGAGCAAGACUGUAAACACGCAAACUCACUGGUCGACCGAUUGGUAAAGCCGUGUACAUAGGAGCCACACGUGAAUCUACUUUAUUCCUACUAUGUAAAUAAAGACUCCGGAGUGAUCAAAAGCAACAAAAAGUAACAAAUACUAUGAAAAAUGACUUCUUGUACUGCAACAAACCAACGAAAGAAAAAAUAAAAUGUUUUGGAGUUUGUGAACUGAA